GAGAGGUAGUGAUUGGCUGCGCGGUAUGAUUUAGACAAUCGAUAUUAAUUACCAAUUUUUCAAUAGUGUAUCUCAAACAAUAGUUUGUUUUUGUUACAUAAAUUUAACCGUAAAAGAAUUUCUGAUCGAUUGAUGCCAAAACCUCGAAAACCUGAUUAUAGAUGACUGCAAAAUAAGCGCUCAAAACCUGACCACUUUUCUCUGGUUUUCCCUGGUUGAAUUACUAGAUUUUUAAAUUCAGGGGCCUAACUUCGAUAUAGACGUUAGUCAACGUCAAAAAUUAAAGUAGCCAACGGAAAACUUAGGAGUUUAAAUACACACAGAACAAAAAGAGCACUAAUAAAUGCACUAGGAACGGCUAUUAAAAUCAUUGCAGGGAACCCGGAUAAUGAUGAUCUCGAAAUCAUACAUAAAAGCUUAGGAGAAUUUCAAACACAAGAAAACAAAUUAGUCCGCAACCAAGUCCGACAAAUUCAAAUCAAUGAACUUUUUAAAGACAAAAUCAACAACAUUACAGAUGCACUUGGAAAAAUCAGCUCCAAAAUAUCAAAAGAAUAUAAUUCAGUACAAGGCUUGAGAUCAGAUUUAGAAUUCAUUAACCUUAUUUGGAAUACAGAUAAAAUUAUUCAUAUUUUAGAGAACAUCGAGGAACAGAUAGAAUUUUCUAGAAUAGGCUUGUUAAACAAAAAUAUUCUUUCAGUAGAAGAGAAAAUGUACAUUUUCGAUAAACUUGUAAACCAAAACCUUAAAUUGAAUUAUUUAGACGAAAUUUUUCAGUACAGCACAGCUAGUAUCGGCAUCAGCAAAGGACAAGCAGUUAUACUCAUCAAGACACCAAUUCUAGACGAGAAGACGUACGACCUUUUGGAACUUCAUACCUUGAAAAUCAACGAAACACGAAUCGACACUCAUAUCAACCUGGUUACUGAGCAUGGCGAUCUAAUUUACUCCCAAAUAUCAAAAUGCGACAUAUGCGAGGGUAACAACUUGGUGGAAGACGAAUGUAUCUACAAAAUUUUAACCCAUCAAACACCAACAUGCCCGCUUGUAAAGACGAAACAAGCAUUCCAAGUCAAUGAAAUUGUAAAAGGCGUUAUCCUGAUCGAUACCUCCGAAAACACUGAAGUAAGAGACUCUUGUGGAAACUCGAAGAUGGUACGGGAUGCCACCAUUGUAGAAACCGAAAACUGUACCAUUAGAAUUCGCAACCUUACAUUCUCUGGAAGGCUUGACGUAGUUCAACAAGACGAGUAUCUGGUUCCAAUCUACAGCAAACCUCUACAAAACACAUCUUACUCAAAAGAUGACGAAGAAAACUGUAUGCUUCGGAUCCUGAACCUGGAAGAACUCAGCGAGAUUCAAAUAUCUCUAAACCAUACACAAAAACGGAAAAAUACAUGCGAGGGUGAGCAAGGAAAAUCACACCAAGCUACCAGAACUUCUUACCCCCAAACAUAUAGGAGAAAUAGACGGGACGGCUAAGACAAAUGAAGAUACGCCUAAGCACGGAAGCAAUGGAGUCCACACCAUGACGCCAUUAUCCGAGGUCCUUAAACAUCAAACGAGGACGCUUGAUACUUAUGGGGGGAGACGUUAUGAAAAGACGAGCCCAGCCGACCAUGCCAACACGCCGAUGCGCCAGGGAAUUGAUGAGCCAGGAGAAACCAGCGUAGCAACAGCCAGGGUAACUACAUCGAGACGACCAACGCCAACUUGCCCCAUCGAUCGGACGCAACGAUCGAUGCACCGUAGAAAUGAUGAGCCAGGAAGAAUCCAGCGUAGCAACAACCCAGGAAGGCAACGUAGACACGACCAACGAGUACCAACGUGGAGGACCCAUCGAACGAUAUCGGUUGU